CUACCCUCUCCAUCCUCCAUCUCUCGUCCUCGCCUACCCCUCCCACCGUUCCCACCACACCUUCUUCUCUUCUUUGCCUGCACAACUGUCACUUCGGAUUCAAAUAAAUCAUUGUUUGUUUCAUUCUUUCACUAUUCAGGUGCCGUCGCAGGCUGACUACGGCGCUCGUGAAACCUGCAAACGCCUCCCUUCCUCGACGCAUACAGACAGAGCGGCCUUCUUCUUUCUCGCGAAAACUUGAGUUUUCUGGGAAGCGCUCGAGCUCUUUCGCCAUUCCUCUCCUUUCAUUUCCCCCAUCUUCUCUUCCCCUUCCUACGACAUCCAGCUCCGCAAACAGCAGCUAUGGCCACCAAGGCUGCGCACAAGCGCCUCACGCGCGAGUAUCAAGCCAUCCAGAAAGAGCCCACUCCAUACAUUGUCGCCCACCCAUGCGACUCAAAUAUUCUAGAGUGGCACUACAUCCUGACCGGACCACCCGACACCCCCUACCACAACGGCCAGUACUGGGGCACGCUGAUGUUCCCACCCGACUACCCCUUCAAGCCUCCUGCGAUCCGUAUGCACACGCCCUCGGGCCGCUUCCAGCCCUCAUCGCGACUGUGUCUUACCAUCUCCGAUUUCCACCCGCGCUCCUUCAACCCAGCAUGGAGCGUCUCGACCAUUCUCACCGGCCUGCUCUCCUUUAUGACUUCGAAUGAGAUCACCACCGGGUCCAUAUCUGCCAGCACCGAGGAGCGAAAGAUGCUGGCAGCACGGUCACGCUGGUGGAACUCGACCGGCGGCGGAUCGCACGACAGCGCGCGCGUGGCGCAAAAGGGCAACAUCAAGGCUGGCGACGGCGGCAAGAAGUUUCGCGCGGAGUGGCCGGAGGAGGACGCCGAGAAUUGGAAAUGGAUACGCGAGGAGAACGUAGACGUUGCCACCGGCCAGAGGCCCGUCGCUGCGGGCUCCUCGUGUGGGCCCCAGCUGGUCGGAGGAGCCAUCGCAGGCAGUGGGAACCAGACACAGGCAGUCGUGGAUGCCGUGGUACAGCAACGAGAAGCUGGCAGGGGCUGGGUGUCCAACCACAAGCUUUUGAUUUUUGGCAGUGUCGUCUUCAUCUACGUUUUGAUCGCCCGCCUGCUGGGCGAGAGCGUAUGAUGCGGUGGCGCACACGCACACACAUGUAUGAAACCUGGGUGCUAUGUUUUUCUGCUUUGCAGGAGUAGGAGGGGCACUCUUUGCUCAGAGACAUUUCCAUAACUGGCGUUUGGUUUGCAUGGACACGGUUGAGGGAGCACUUGUGUGUGUACAAGCAGAUCGCCCCUGCUGGGCCAAUACUUUGUCAACAUAGCAAAGAGUAAGAAUAAAUCUCAUCAUCCGUUAUGUCUG